AUGGAUUCGGAAUUGAGGGCGAGAAAGGCUCCUUCUGUCUCCGAGGUCAAGGUCGAGCACGACCACGGCCACGACCUUGCCAACGACAACAAAGAGCAGAAGGCGUCGAACAAGCAAUUCUGGCUCAGACUCGAGCGCGUAGCCAUGCCUAUUGUGUUCACCUUGCUGGCGCUGCUGGUGAGACUGUACAGGCUCGACGUGGUUAAGAAAGUGACCUGGGAUGAAGCGCACUUCGGGAAGUUCGGCUCUUACUACCUGCGUCACACUUUCUACCACGACGUGCAUCCACCAUUGGGUAAGAUGCUGGUGGGCUUCUCCGGCUACUUGGCCGGCUACAAUGGCUCCUGGGACUUCCCCUCCGGCCAGCCUUACCCAGACUACGUGCCUUUCGUCAAAAUGAGAAUCUUCCAAGGUGCCGUCUCAGCGCUGUGUGUGCCUAUGACGUACUUCGCAGCCAAGGCCAUCGGUUUCUCCUUGCCAACAGUGUGGCUGACCACCAUACUGGUGUUGUGCGAAAACUCCUACACAACCUUAGGAAAACUGAUCUUGCUGGACUCCUUGCUGUUGUUCUUCACCGUCGCUACCUUCAUGUGCUUCCAGAAAUUCCACAGCUACCACAGAAAGCCAUUCUCAUUCCAGUGGUGCUUGUGGCUGUUCCUAACCGGUGCUUCCAUGGGCUGCGCCAUUUCCGUGAAAAUGGUGGGCCUGUUCGUGAUCACUUUAGUCGGCAUCCACACCAUCGUAGAGCUGUGGACACUCCUCGGCGACAAGAACAUCACCUGGAAGCGCUACGCUAACCACUGGAUCGCUCGCAUCAUCUGCCUCAUCGUCACCCCAUUCCUCAUCUUCGCCCUGUGCUUCAAAAUACACUUUGCUUUGCUGUGGGGCUCAGGCCCAGGCGACCAUGAAAUGCCCCCAAGAUUCCAAGCAGCGCUAAACGGCACUAACAUCGGUCAGGGCCCUCGUGACGUGUCCAUCGGCUCCACUAUCACUUUGCAGAACAUGAAGCCCCGCGGUGCCUACUUGCACUCCCACCACCAGACCUACCCAGAGGGCUCCAAACAGAGACAAGUUACCUGCUACAACUACGUCGACGGAAACAACGACUGGAUUGUCUAUAGACCACACGGAAAGCCAAUCUGGCACGUCAACGACACAGAGCAUGAAGCCAUCCGCAACGGUGACACAAUCCGUCUGGUUCACAAAGGUACUGGUUCUAACUUGCACUCACACCAAGUGGAAGCACCUUUGAACAAACUGGAUUACGAAGUGUCAGGUUACGGUAACUUGACCAUCGGGGACUUGAAGGAUCACUGGGUCGUUGAAAUCAUUAAGGAUGACGGUAACGAGGACAAAAACUUGAUCCAUCCAAUCACUACUCAUGUUCGUUUCAGACACGCGGUCUUGAACUGUUACUUGGCUCAAAGUAAUGAGCAUCUACCAGAAUGGGGUUUUAGCCAAGCUGAAGUCAGAUGUAUCAGGGAACCUGAGAAGAAUGAUAUCAAGACUAUGUGGAUCGUUGACACUCACACUCACCCUAACCUAGAGGCCCCAGAAAACUUCAUUUACCCAAGAAGAUCAUUCUGGAGCGAUUUCUUUGAAUUGAAUAAGAGAAUGAUGGCUACAAACAACGCCUUAACUGUUUCCAAGGAUAAACAUGACUACUUAAGAUCUGAGUCCUGGGAAUGGCCAACUUUGUACCGUUCUCUAAGAAUUAACUCCUGGAAUGAGAAUGACACCAGAUAUUUGUUAUUAGGUUCUCCUGCUUCUACCUGGCCAUCUACAGUUGCUGUAUUGUUCUUGGUAUUUGCACUACUUUACAAAGUUUUGAAAUGGAAUAGACAAAUGCAAAUCUUCCAAAAUGAACAUGAUGAAGAACUAUUUAUUUAUGGUGGUGUUUAUCCAUUGCUUGGUUGGUUUUUGCAUUUCUUCCCAUUUGUCAUUAUGGGUAGAGUUAAGUAUGUUCACCAUUACUUACCUGCUUUGUACUUCGCACUCUUUGUCUUGGCAUAUAUCUUCGACGCUGGAUUAAGAUACUACAACAAGACAAAGACUCAAAGGAUCAUUAAAUUCUGUAUUUAUGCCGGUUACAUGUCUGUUGUCAUUGGUGGCUUCAUACUAUUUGCUCCAUUCUCUUAUGGUAUGACCGGUAAACUUGAAAACUAUAAGCACUUGAACUGGAUGAAGAACUGGGAUGUCGUGUAA